AUGAUAGCCUUAAUGGGCGGCAACGGGGAUGUUAUUCCUGUGACCUUCACGCGAGAGCUCCGCGCCUCACCCAGUUCUGCUGCGUCCAGCAUUGUUGUCAGUGCAACUUCGUCGUCGACUGUGUCCUCUGCGCCCGUCUCUGUCUCUUCUUUUUUACCGACGACGUCAAUAGCUGCAGCGACUCCAUCCUCGAUUGCUGUUGCCUUAUCCUCUACCGCAACCGUCCCUUUCAUCGACCUGAAUCCAAAUGGCCCUUUAUGGGAUCCCUCCGUCAGUGGGGUUCCUCAGGCCGAAAGAGGUUCUCUAGGGGCAACCAUCAUGGGCCCGACAGACGUCGACACUACUAAGGCCAACCCCGAUCUUCUGGCACCUCCGACUACAGAUCAUGGUAGCGUGGACAACGCCAAAUGGGCAUUCAGUUUGAGCCACAACCGCCUUCAGACUGGAGGCUGGGCUCGCGAGCAGAACAUCGGCGCCAUGCCCAUUGCCACAGAAAUGGCCAGCGUUAACAUGAGACUCGAGCCUGGCGCUAUUCGCGAACUUCACUGGCACAAGACUGCAGAGUGGGCAUAUGUUCUCAAGGGCAACACCCAAGUCACUGCAGUCGAUCAGAAUGGAAAGAACUUCAUUGGCACUGUGGGCCCUGGUGAUCUUUGGUACUUCCCGCCUGGCAUACCCCACUCUCUUCAAGCAACAGGCGACGACCCAGAGGGUUCUGAAUUCAUUCUGGUCUUCGAUAGUGGUGCUUUCAGCGAAGAUUCGACCUUUUUGCUGACUGAUUGGAUGUCCCACGUUCCGGUCGAAGUCCUCGCAAAGAACUUCCAAACAGAUAUCUCUGCAUUUGCUCGUAUACCAGCCGAAGAACUCUACAUAUUCCCAGCUGCUGUUCCGCCUGACAGCCAGCAAGACCCAACCAGCCCUGAAGGAACUGUUCCCAAUCCUUUUACCUUCGCGCUAUCGAAGGUUCCUCCGAUGCAGCUAAGCGGCGGUACUGCUAAGAUCGUGGACUCUACCACUUUUACAGUAUCCAAAGCAAUCGCAGCGGCGGAGGUCACUAUCGAACCCGGAGCUAUCAGAGAACUGCAUUGGCAUCCCACACAGGACGAGUGGAGCUUUUUCAUUGAAGGGCGUGCGCGAAUGACGAUUUUCGCUGCCCAAUCCAAUGCACGGACUUUCGACUAUCAGGCUGGGGAUAUUGGUUACGUUCCUGCCACGAUGGGCCAUUACGUCGAGAACAUUGGUAACACCACCGUGCGUUACCUUGAAAUAUUUAACACGGCCGUUUUCGAGGAUAUUUCGCUCAGCAAUUGGCUUGCUUUGACCCCUCCAGAAUUAGUCAAGGCCCACCUUGGCUUCGAUGAUGCGACCAUGGCCCACCUAGCGAAGGUCAAGCCAAUCGUUGUCGGUCCCGCUUAA